AAUACCUAACGCUUAAGGGGAAGCAAGUGUUUAUUAGAACCAAGAUUUCAGAAAAAGGGUGGCUGUUCGGCAAGCCCUAGCUCCCAGGUCCUUGUGAUGGUGCACAGAGCCAGGGACCUGGAGGAUGUGUAGUGUGGGAGGGUUUGGGCUAACUGGGUGAGUCAUUCUGGGCCACCUCGGCCUGGAGCCUUGCCCAGCCGACCAGCCUGGGUCGUCCCAGCGGGGCGGAGGCAGAGGCGUAGACGGAGGCCGGGCGGCUGGGGAGCCCGUGCGCCCCAUCGAGUCGCGCGGAGCCGGCGGCCAUGGCUGGAAGCGAGCCCCGCGGAGCCAGCUCCCCGCCGCCCGCCAGCGACUGGGGCCGCCUGGAGGCCGCCAUCCUGAGCGGCUGGAGGACCUUCUGGCAUUCGGUGGGCAAGGAGCGGGCGACGCCGACGGCCUCCCGGAAGGAGGCGGCGGAGGAGACGAGCGCGCUGACGCGGCUGCCGAUUGAUGUGCAGUUGUAUAUCUUGUCAUUUCUUUCACCCCACGACCUGUGCCAGUUGGGAAGUACAGAUCAUUACUGGAACAAAACUGUAAGAGACCCAAUUCUCUGGAGAUACUUCCUGUUGCGGGAUCUCCCUUCUUGGUCUUCGGUUGAUUGGAAGUCGCUUCCAGAUCUAGAGAUCUUAAAAAAGCCCAUAUCUGAGGUCACCGACAGCACUUGUUUUGAUUACAUGGAGGUUUAUAAAAUGUGCUGUCCAUAUACGAGAAGAGCCUUGAAAACCAGCCGUCCUAUGUAUGGAGCGGUUACCUCUUUCUUACACUCACUGAUCAUUCAGAAUGAACCCCGGUUUGCUAUGUUUGGACCAGGUUUGGAAGAACUGAACACAUCCUUGGUGUUGAGUUUGAUGUCUUCUGAGGACCUUUGCCCAACUGCUGGUUUACCUCACAGACAGAUUGAUGGUAUUGGAUCUGGAGUCAACUUCCAGUUGAGCAACCAGCAAAAAUUCAACAUCCUGAUAUUAUACUCAACGACCAGAAAGGAAAGAGAUAGAGCAAGGGAGGAGCACACCAGCACGGUUAACAAGAUGUUCAGCCUACAGAGUGAGGGGGAUGAGCAGCGGGGCAGCCGCUACAGUGUGAUCCCACAGAUUCAGAAAGUGUGCGAAGUUGUAGACGGGUUCAUCUACGUGGCAAACGCUGAAGCUCACCGACGUCAUGAAUGGCAAGAUGAAUUCUCUCGUAUUAUGGCCAUGACAGAUCCAACUUUUGGAUCUUCAGGAAGACCCAUGCUGGUUUUAUCUUGUAUUUCUCAAGCAGAUGUAAAGAGAAUGCCUUGUUUUUACUUAGCUCAUGAGUUGCGCCUCGGUCUUCUAAACCACCCAUGGAUGGUCCAGGAUACAGAGGCUGAAACUCUGACUGGUUUUUUGAAUGGCAUUGAGUGGAUUCUUGAAGAAGUAGAAUCUAAGCAUGCGAAAUGAAGUGCCUUUGGGACCAUGGGAAGCCGCAGGUCAUGGUGUAUGUGUUUCCUGUCCCUCCUGGCCCUGCCCCUCUGGAGGAGGCCUUUCUACUGGACAGCUACCACAGCUGGGUUUCUGACACUUUACCAUGAAUCGGUUGCAAGUUUCAGUCCUACUACUUUUCCACAAAAUGAACUCUAACAUUUUUGAUAAUUUUAUAUUUUCUGUCUUUUUUUGAAAAUAUUAAAUUCUGCAAAACAAAA